CGCAGCCAGUCGCCAAAACUGCGACUCUACCUGACAAACAAACUUGAAUACUCCUCCUCGACUUCCCGUGUGUCGCGCCUCUCCAGUACAUACAAGCCAGCCAGCCAGCCCCCCCCCGAGCGGGUCGAUGUCUUGCAUUCUUCCCCGGCACGUCGUUGUCGCGCCGCCGCCGCCGCCGCCCGGCAAACAUCGUCAUCAUCGUUCUUCGUAGUAGGUAGUCGCACCGAAUAAUGGAGUACAGCACCGACAUCUCUGCCAUCAAAAGCCAGCUCGAGAUCGAGCAGAUCCUGCUGGACAGCCUGGACCGCGAGGCCGAGGAUUACGACGAGGACAGGAUCAACUACGAGCAGAAUAUUCUCACGCUGGAGCGUCGGCUGCAAGAGCUGGGGUACUGUGCUGCUGAGGCGCGGGAUGGGAGUAGUCCUGCUGCUGUGACUGUGGACGCUCGAGAUGGGCAUCUGGGAGGUCGGACUGCGGUCAUGGAGGACGUCCAACACGCGCGUCAGGGAAACCACACUCCUUCACGCGACUCGACCAACGAUCAAAUCCACUAUCCCGCCCUGAACCAUACUCCACAGUCCUCUUCCUCUGCCUCUCUGCCAGAUCUCGCUCUCGAACCUCAGCUCCAACGGAAGCGCGCCCACGAACAUACCCUCUCCUCGCCACUACGUGCUGGUCCUAAAUUCCCUCGAUACACACCCAGUCCUUCACUCAGCGGCCGCAACACACCCCAUACAGGAGACGCUCCGGGCGCCUCGCUACUGGAGAAUGCCACCCAAAACGCCUCGUGGCCCGACUUUCGUGGCAUGGGCAAAGCAGAAAGCCAGCAGAAUCAGAGACAUCACCCCAUCGGACAAGACCAUGCAUUCGGAGAUCGAUCUGCCGCUCAUCCCACGGAGCUGUCACUGCCCAGCAGGCUUGCAAGUCAACAACCCCCUCUCCAUUCCCACAACACUCAGAGACCCUUUCUCCCACCCUUACCAUCACCAUACAACACCCCUCCCAUGACUGUCAAUGGCCGGAAUAUCAACACUGGCUACGAUACCCUGGCUUCUUCCAAUCCUGCUAGCACGAGGAGGGGCUACUCCCAGCUCCCGCCUCCCUCGAAUCUCAAGUUCGAACCGCAAACGUCGUCAGAGAACAAAUUUGCCUUUGGUGGACAAGAGAGGAGCGCCCCUCAUGCUUCAGGCCAGUCUACCUUCAUUGACCUGACCGGCUCAAGCGAUGAAGAUGAAGCAACAAUCACAGACGUUCGCGCCGUCAAUCGUCCACACUUCAUCGCCGCUUCCCAGCGCCAAUACGGCCCGGCCGAUCCGUUUGCCGCUGACCUCGAGCGAUAUUAUCCACCCAGCCACUACGCGGCCAACCCACUAAGCUCAGCAAACACUACCAUGUCAAAUUACAAGCAGCAAAUGUCCGGCCUGGGCUCCCUCGCCUCCAACAUGUACUCUACCGCUCAGACUCUAGCUCGGGGCGUUGGCAAUGCAUUCGGGGAACUGACGGGAUAUGGCGCCGAGAGCAGCUCCCGGAGGUCGUCCCGGCUACCAUGGGAAGUCGGCAAUGACCCCCUCGACCGUUACGACGACAGAUGGAACGUCACCCCACAGGAGACCAAAGACCAACUGCACAAGCUGCUCGAGAACAUCAAUGCCGACGAAGACCGAGAAGAGACUCCCGUCCAGCUCAGCAUCGAGCUCAAGGACCAUCAGAAGAUCGGCUUGGCCUGGCUGCGGAAGAUGGAAGAAGGCACCAACAAGGGAGGAAUACUCGCCGACGACAUGGGUCUUGGCAAGACCGUCCAAGCUCUAGCCCUGAUCAUCGCCCGACCUUCGCCCGAAAAGAGAUACAAGACCACCCUGAUCGUCGCCCCACUGGCACUCAUGCGGCAGUGGGAGAAGGAGAUCAAGACCAAAGUCAAGCCGCGCCACCGCCUCUCCGUCUACAUCUACCACGGCCCCAACCGAAAGCAGAGCUUUGACUAUCUCCGCAACUUUGACUGCGUGCUGACCACGUACGGAACUCUCGCGACCGAGCGCAAGAGAAAGGAAAAGUGGGACAAGAUAUGGGCGGAGAAUCCGACGGCCCGGAUUGGCAACAAGGAUCGCUUUCCACUUCUUGACAACAGCACGAAGUGGUACCGUGUCAUCCUGGACGAAGCCCAGAAUAUCAAGAACAAGGAUGCGCUGACCUCAAAGGCAGCCGGAGAACUGAAAGCCUGCACCCGCAUCUGCAUGACCGGAACCCCGAUGAUGAACAACGUCAACGAGCUGUACUCGCUGAUACGGUUCUUGGGCAUCAAGCCCUACUGCUUCUGGAACUCAUUCAGACAGGACAUUGGUGGUCCCAUCACCAAAUGGUCGGGCAACAACGAACCGGCCAUGGAAAAGCUUCGCGUGCUCUGGAAGGCCAUAGCCUUGCGGAGGCGGAAGGACUCCCAGAUCAACGGCAAACCCAUCAUCGUCAUCCCGCCCAAGGUCGUAGAAUCGGUCCACGUUCAGUUCGACGACGACCAGAAAGCGCUCUACUCUGCCCUGGAGACACAGACCCAGGUCAAGUUCAAUAGAUAUCUCAAGGCCAACAAGGUGCUGAACAACUACGCAAACAUGCUCGUCUUGCUGCUGCGACUUCGGCAGGCCUGCUGCCAUCCUCACCUGAUCAACGACUUGGGCAUCGAAGGGCCUGGUAAUAUGACGCUGGACGGCAUGAAGACUUUGGCCGCGCAAUUCGCCGACGACGUCGUCGCUCGUAUCAAGGACCAAGAGGAUGCCUUUCAAUGCCCCGUGUGCUUUGAUGCGACGGAGAACCCUUCGCUCUCCUUUCCCUGCGGACAUGUCCUCUGUCUCGAGUGCUUUGCCAAAGUCACGGAUCCAGCAAACGUAGCCCAGGGUGAUGACGGCGACACGCGACCCAAGUGUCCGUCAUGCCGUGAGCGGCUUGACGCGAACCAGGUCGUCGACUAUCGCUCAUUCUGCAGCGUGCACAUACCCGGCAAGUUCCCCGAAACCGGCCAGACGCCAGAUGACGAAUCCGACUCCGAUGACGACGAGACUGAGGAUGACGACGAGGAAGAAGACUCCCUCGAGGACGAAACCCUCGAUGGCUUUAUCGUGCGGACAGAUGAUGAAGAGGAAGCAGAGGAAGCAGAGGAAGAAGACGAGGAUCAAGUGCCCGGAAAGCAGAAAGCAGCCAAAGCCAGACACAAAGGGAAAGCAGUAUCGAAUGGCAAAGGGAAAGCCAAGCUCGAGUCUAGCGAUACGGAGCCCGACAGUGCCUUGGACUCCGCCCCCGGAUCCUCGGCACGACGUCCAAAGACAAAGGCUAUCCUAGACGAAGAUGACGAAGUUGAUGAAGAAUCCAAGUCAAAGAGUCUUGUACCUACAAACGGACAGAGUAGCACGACGGCAGCGAAAACAAAGGGAAAGGGCAAGCGGCCUGCGAAACGCAAUCCUUUUGCUAAGAAGCCCCCGAAAAAGACACUUGCUCAAUUGAAGCUAGACUCUCGACGGAGCAAAGCAGCGCGGCUCGCUUAUCUGAAACGACUCCAGAAGCAAUGGGAAAACAGUGCAAAGCUCGAGAAGACCAUGGAGCUAUUACGCUCCAUCCGUGAGAACGACCCGACCGAAAAGACAAUCAUCUUCAGCCAGUGGACCUCCCUGCUCGACCUGCUCGAGGUGCCCAUCAACAAGGAAGGCUGGGGCUGCCAACGCUACGACGGCAGCAUGAAACCCGCCGAGCGCACCGAAGCCAUUGACGAAUUCACCGAGUCCCCCCGCUGCACAAUCCUCCUCACCUCGCUCAAGGCCGGUAAUGCGGGCCUCAACCUGCACCAGGCCUCGCAGGUCAUCAUGCUGGACCCCUUUUGGAACCCGUACACGGAGGAGCAGGCCAUUGAUCGCGCCCACAGGUUUCCCCAGCAGAGGCAGGUGCAUGUGCAUCGCGUCCUGACUACCGAGACGGUCGAGGACCGGAUUGUGGCUCUGCAGGACAAGAAGAAGAUGCUGAUUGAGGCGGCCAUGGACGAGACGGCCGGUAAGAAUAUUGCUCGCUUGGGCGUGCGUGAAUUCGGGUAUCUCUUUGGUCUCAAUGCGCUGUAGCGGGGCAGGCCGAUAUCUCGUCACGCUGAGCAGUUCCAUGUCAACGGAUACCUUACCGGGGGCGUUUGGAGCAGUGCGCCUAUGUGCCGCUUCUCUCCAGUUUCAUUCGAGGUUAACGGAGUGACGGACCACCAACACGACACAAUUUCUCCGGUCGGCGAUCUGAUAUCAUUUACCCGGGGCAAUAGCGCCGGUGGCGUUCAUUUAUAGAUGGCAAAGAAAGGGGCUCAAGGCUCGCGCCAGAUUAUCUUUUCGGACUUUUUUUUUUACUGGGAGGCAAACUGUCUUUUGGUUUAUUUUGGAUACCACCCCAGCUUAGACAGAUUACUCUGCUGUUUUUUUGGAAUUCUUAUGCUUUGUUCGAGGCGCGAUCUUGGACAUUGUUAUGGUGUGCU